AUGGACAAGGUGAAGUCUUUCUUUGCUGCCUUGACGAUGGAUGAUGGCUGGACACCUAUGCGGGACGAAGACGGAGAGAUCAUGUACGGCGUGCUGACGUCGGGCAUGAACAACUUGAACCUGUCCUGGUACCUGAACCACUCGGAGGAUCCCAACGUGGCCUUCAAGGAUGCCGAAGAGGACGGUGGAUACAACUCCUUCGUUACGAGGCGUCGAAUUGAGGCGGGAGAGGAGCCUCUCUUGGAGAAGAGCGGUGGAUUACAAAGUGUGCAGAUGUACCAGAAUGUCAAGUGGCAAGAGCUGAGGAUGUAA